GACAAAGUACCUAACCUAAAACAUGGCUCUCACUAAUUUACUCAGAAUCACUCCAAAUAACUUCCCAUUCCAACAUUCGACUAGAACCAAAAUAACCAAUAUUACCCUCCAAAAAUUUACCGGAACAGUAAUAAAAUCAAGUUACUAUAAUUGGCAGAAUUUCACUACAAGUAGUAAAUUAAUCAGAUCUUCAUUUUCCGAACAUCACAAAGUGCAAACCUCAACAUCAUCGCCGGAAAUGGACGGAGAAAUAACGCGCCGCCGUAGCAUUGCAGUCAUGAUGUUGCUCUCGGUCUUCCUUGCGGCGUCGCCGGCAUCUGCUUCAUCUGAAGCUGAUUUUAUCAAGAAAACCAUCUCUUCUCAUACUAUCGUCAUCUUCUCAAAAUCUUAUUGCCCGUACUGUAGAAGGGCAAAAGAGGUUUUUAAAGAGUUGAACCAAGAACCUCAUAUAAUUGAGCUGGACGAGAGAGAUGAUGGUUUUAGCAUUCAAGAUGCACUUGGUGGUAUUGUAGGGAGACGCACAGUACCUCAGGUAUUCAUCAAUGGAAAACACAUUGGUGGAUCAGAUGAUACUGUUGAAGCCUAUCAAGAUGGAGAGUUGGCCAAACUUCUGGGUAUUGAAUCAGCCGAUCAUGAUGAUCUUUGAUACAAUGUCUGCGAAGGCAGACUGUCGUCAUAAUUUUAAAAUAUGAAGGCACUACUCAAGCAUGCUUUCAGUAUCAGGUUGCUAGAAGUUUGAACUUUGAUUGGUUGAUCCCCUCAUGAUCUAUGCCAUAUGAUAUCUACAAUGUCUUUUCCAUGGCAUUAGACGACAAAGGAAACGCAGUCUUUUCUUAGUGUACUCCCACAAAAUUAUUAGAGAAUGAUUUCAGUAACCUUCUUUUUCUUUCUUUUCUCCUGGUAAAAUUUUGGACUUGAUUCUAGACUCAUUUAUUUCUCUGAAUGGUCUCUUUUUGGCUA